AUGUCCAUCCUCGCCAGCAUCCCCCAGGAGGUCCUCGAGCAUGUCGCCUUCUUCGCUGCGACGGAUAACAUCCUCGGGCCCCCCGACGGCAUCGUUGCGCUCCUCAGCGUCGACCGCCGCACCCACGCUGCGCUUUCCAUGGCAUCCAAUCCGUUUCUGUGGUCUCGUAUCUUCGCGCACAAGUUCGACACCUCCGCGGCUCUUCAGAGGCUAUCUGACCGCACCAUAACGCCACAAGACAUCUGCGAAGAAUUCAAGCUACGAUGUACACUGCUGAAACGCAUCCGCCGGCGCACCGAUUCCCUCGCUACUUCAUAUACGCUUAGCCCAACACACCGCGAUGCGCUCCGGUCUAUACUCUGGAUGGCGUAUCUCAUGAUGCUCGAGAACGAAGGGAGGAACGACCGGCAACUCCGAGAAUACGCAGGGUUCGAUGCCUGGCUCAAGGAGUUCCUCUUCCAUCCCUCUGGGGCUUCCCUCGCCGCCUGGUCCGUCAAGAUCGACCUCUGGCCGCCCAACGACGAGCGCUCGGCGCUUGCCUUAUGGCUCUUCUGGUACAUGCUGCGACCCGACGAAUACAUGGCCGACGAUGACACUACGUUCCGAGAAGCAUCGGGGAUCCUAAAGUUGUUUUCCUUGGGCGCGCAUCAGUACCCGCUAUGUACUCCACCAUGGAACAUAUUCGCACCUCCAUGCCGUGCUCGCGGCGCAUGUGCGAUAAAGUACUUCGGCGUACCGCUGAAGAUGACACCACCAGCGCCAGCGCCUCCCGCGAUCCUCGCUUACCUCACUCUCGCUAACAAGUUGUCCGUCUCGUGGGACACUAUUCACUACAUGAAGCCCCCGACCGCCACCCCUCCGAGCCUCGCACCUGGAGCGAGCAGUGCAGAGUGGCACGCGGAAUGGACGCGCGGGCUGCAUCUGGCGGAUACGACAAAGCCGCUCGGUGCUGCGUUCUCAGGCGCUUUUGUUUCUGGCAGCCUAGAAGGCACCUGGGAGGGUCUGUUCACGUACACGGAAUUUACGGCGUACGCAGCGCUACUGUCUGGGGCACCACCAACCGUCCUACAACGAAGCCUAGUCGCACACCAUCCUCAUUUAUGGAAACUCAGAGAACACCAUUUGUACGCGGUUGACGGACCCGGUACAUCGGAAGUACGGCCGCUGGCUCCCGGCAAUCCUCUCCGAGGUUAUCUGCCCAAUAGCUGUCAAUACUCUGAGAGCUCUGACGGCGUGACCAUUACGGAGUCUGGACGAGAGGAACCUGUAUUCUAUACAAGCUUAGCGAGCUUGCAGAAGAUGGAUGAACCGCCACCGGGGCGGCUGGCGGAUGUCUUCAUCACAGGAGAAGGGCAUUCAGCUUGGGGACAAUUCAACCUUGUUGGGCGAGUACGACCCUGCGACGGCUUUAUCAUACUGUCUAAAGAAUAUGUCGACGGAGAUAGAGGGCGGUGGCUAUACCGCGGAUUCCUAGUCGGCAACGCCGAGGGGAACCUCUCAGGUCGCUGGCGGGACACGCUGAGUCCUACAGACGUCCUCGGAUACGAGGGCUGCUUCGUGAUGAACCGGCGUAGGUGAACGACGGCUACUGAUUUUUGGUUGGCGGUAAGCCAGACAGUCAUACGACUGGCCGGAUGGUGGCCGAGCAUGUCGACCAUGCUUGACUGCGACGCAUAGGAUAUCAUCAAUAGCGCUUUUUAUGUACGACUUUUUUGGACUAUGUUUUGAGGUGUGUAUCAA